CAGUGUUUUCCUUACUUUUCUGGACCGAAAAGAAAUAGCAUUCAAUUGUAAAAAUAUAACAACGAAAAUACUUUUUUUUGUUGAGAAAGACGGCAAUGAUACAAAGUGACAAAUCUGAGUUGUGUAUGUUCGUUGUUGAAAUUUUUUGUUUUAGAAUGCGCAUAUUGUGUUUGUCAUUUUGUAGAUAGAUGGAUCAAUACUCUUAUCGCUUAGAUUAGCACUGUUGAUACUAGAAUCCGUGCCAUUUUAACCCAGUUGUGCGUUCGUUCGUUUGUUUGUUGAGUGAGCUUUUCUUGAGCAGAAAUCAUGAACAAAGUAUCAAUGACAGCUUCACUUCCCAUUGUUCACAAGUCAGAACGGAAGAAACUCACCGCAAUCCAGUUUCCUCUGUUCAACGAUGUUAUCAUUCUACAGAGUCCCAUGGGCGUUUCACCCCGUCUAUUCAACUGGAGAGCUCUGAAGAGUCUCCAAUCGUCACUCAAAGUGGGACAAAUCCUAGCGGCUUUCCUAACCCUGCUGUUCAUACGCCCACGUCUAUCGUACCAUAAUGAUCGCUAUUUCUGGCCGGAUCUUUCCUACUUCAUCUUCGCGUUCACUGCACUGAUAGGCACGGUGAUUCUACUGGCUGAUGCAAUCUUCACGAACCAGCCCCAUGGUCGGGCUUUCUCGCCGUUGGAAUGGUUCCGGGUGAAUCUUUGGUACAACGGACUUGUGGUGGUAGGAUUUUACACGCAGGCGUUCUCCGUAUUGGUCUUGGCGCUGUGGGACAUCCGUAGUUGCAGUUUCAACAUAGUGGCAGCCGCGUUUGGAUUUGUUGCCACAGUACUGUAUGCUGUUGAUUGGUGGAUUAACUUCUGUAGAAGACGUGAGGUUUCAGAGCAGUCAAACAAUGGCAGUGAGGGUAAAACAGAGCAGGUGAACUUGUUAAAUUGAUCCAGGAGUAAAGAUGCAACGUUACUGAUGAUUUUUGUAACACAAGGCUGAAAGUCUCUAUAAUAAAGCGAAUUGAAUUGAUUUUUGUAACAGCUCUCAAUAGCUCAAAAGGUAUCAAAUAAAUUAUACCAAUUGCAUCUUUA